AUGUUGUUCGAGAAACUCAAGAUCUACAACACCCCAGCCAAAUUAUUGGAAAAGUUGCGUGAAGUUCGUAAAAUUUAGGAAACAGAACAGAAAGCAGAACCAAAUCAGGUUUCAAAAGUCUAAAAAACAGAGCCUUCCGCUGAGAGAUACCUUGUCAGACAAUUAAGCUUUUAACACACUUGGAAUACUCUAACUCAUAAAUCACCCAAUUUGAAAUCACCUACUGUUAAAUCACAAGUGGACAUUUUUAAAAUACCAGUAGCAUCUCCCAAAUAGUGUUCGUAAGCCUGUUUAACAGAUAUUUCAACUUAUAAAAAAAGUUAAGCAAGAACAAAUUUAGAUGAUGAUAGUUUAGAGUUAAAGGAUAUUUAAAAGAAUUUCGAAAAAGAAACAUUACAAGAACUUUACAAUGCAGAUUAAAAACUGAUUGAUUAGCUAAAUGAUGAAGCACAAGUUUUAUCAGAGAGACUGGCUUUUAAAGAGGAGAAAAGUCCCAUUCGUCCCUUUUAACGCAAACAUCAUCAGCCUCAUCAAACCCAGAAGCCUUAAAGACGUGGUGGAACUGUGAUUGCCGCAUCCAAAUUAGAGGAUUUAAAAAAGCAAUCGCCAUUUCUCUAUAAUGAAUAAAAAGAUGCCCCAUUUGAUGAUCUAUCCGACAGAGGAAAGUUCUUGAAGCAUUAUCGAUUGGGAAAGUAUGUGUUUUGUUUCAAUCAACUCUUAGCAAGAAUCUUCAAAAGAUCAAUCAGAAGGAGUUUAGAAGUGUGACCAAGAAUUAUGAGAAACUCGAAGAUUAUGCAGAAUUCUACAAACAAUAACCCAACAUCUACCUCCAAUUAAACAAGAGUUCAUAAAGUAAAUAUACUCUCAAUAAUGUAGAACACAACAUCUUCUAAACAGGUCUUGGUUUGAUUAAUUCAAACUAUACCAUAUAGACUGCUGAGUCAUCAGGAAUGUUGAGGAACGAAUAAAAAAUUAAAGUGUUCACAGAAGCUCUCAAGUCACCUCAAUGCAAGACUUUGACUGAGUUGAAAUUGAGUCAUAAUCAAUUGACAUCCCCUAGGAUUAAGACUUUGGUUUCCAAUUUCCCAUCCCAAGUCCAAGAUUUGGAUCUGAACAACAAUGGCAUUGAUUCUAAAGGUUGCGAGAUUUUGGCUAAGUACUUGUAAAAGUCAAGAGUUAAGAAGUUGUCUCUUGAAAAUAACAAGAUAGGCGACCAAGGAGCCAAUCAUUUAUUUUUGGCAUUGCAAGAGAAUGACUAUUUAACUCUCUUGAAUUUGAGUCGAAACAAUUUGAAUGGUAUUGAAUUUAUCUGAUUUAGAGGCUUGCACUAUUGAAUUAUCAAAUUACUUGAAAAGAUCAAAUAUGCUUUAUGAAUUGUACUUGCAUUUUAACACAAUAAACAGCAAAGGAGGCUUGAAUAUCUGGAAGGCCUUAUACAAAAACUCAAGUGUUAAGGUCUUCGAUAUAUCGUAUAAUCGAACAAGUUCUUUUGAAUGUGCCCAAUAAAUGGCCAAAGUCAUAGCAAAGCCUUAUCCCGAAUUAAUGCAUAUUGACAUAUCACAUAACGGAUUCGAUGAGCCAUCUGGCAAUGAAAUAAUGAAGGCUUUGAACAUAAAUCAAAACAUCUAUGGAUUUCAUUUUGAAGGUAAUUGCCCUAAAUUUAUGGUGGAUGCUACUGGUCAUCUCAGAAAUUAAGAAGUUGAAGAAUAGGUUCGUUAAAAGAAGAUUGAAGAAUGCAGAAGAAAUCCUUAAACUUCUUUGCGUCUUCUGGAUGAGGAUGUGAAGUAAUUCCCAAAAGCAGCACCAGACAAAAAAUAAGAGAAUAUUUAACAGGUCCACAGAUUCAGGAGAAUUUGGGGAAUGAAACCUGUAAAAUAGAAUUAGUAAUUUGAAAAAAAUAGGGAUUCUUGUUGGAUUUGUGAAGGUUGGGAGGAAGUCAAAUUUACUUGGAGUCCUGGCAAAUCAGGAGGUAUGAAUAAUGAUCCCAUCUUCUUACAUGUCAAUUUCGAUGGGUAUCGUCCUGUUUUGAUGUCGCCACAUUAAGGUGAAUAUCAUCUAUAUAGAAUGUGUCCACCCAAUUAGAAGAUUUUAUAUUUCUUUAGUAAUCCUAUAUUGGGAAUACAGACGACUGCAAAGAAUCAAAUGAUUAUGCCGACUCCUGCCAAUGAUCCUAUUGCGUAAGGGACUUAAGAAUUCUUAUAUAAUGGGGAUAUUUUGAUUGAAGGAAAUAAGAUGUCCUUUGUGAAUGAAGUGUUCACAGAGGGUAAACACACUGUAGUUGAAAAAUAUGUUCCCAAGAUAUUCAGUAAGCCUCGAGAAGAGGAGAGAACCUACGAUUUAACCUAAUACAUGAACAAGAAGUAAGCCUUUUGGAGCUAUGAAAUAUCGAUAUUUAAAAACUAUUAGCCCGAUAAUGAAGAAUUAAUUGAUGAAUGCUUUGAAUACGACUUUCAAUCAUCCAAAAUCAAUAGGAUAGUCCGUGAUCCAAAUGAGUUAAUGGAGGUAAAAGAACUUCUCAGAGAAUAUUAUCCCCAUAUAUUUGCUAGUUAUAAGUUUUAUGCUUCUACACUAAUUGGAUCAAGUGUAAUUAUUAUGUAUCAACCUUUAGAUUCCUUGUAUCUCAUCCAACGCCUUCUUCGAUUUCAUUGGAUAGACCACUGUGAUGACAGACAAAUUCAGACCUGGAGAUAUAGAUUUGAAUUUCAUCUCUACCUCCAAUGUCAAGGACAUUUUGUAUCCUAAUGUUUACGAGAAGGCCUUGAUCAGAUAUCAAUUUAUGGAAGUUUUAGUUAGAAUUGCGUUGGAUAAGUACACCAGAACUGGAAUCUGUAAAUCAAUGAAACUAAGUGUUUUGAAGUUGUUUGAAGAUGAUUUAGUUAAAAUAAGAUUGCAAGAAAUUGAUAAGGCUCAAGAUUGGAGAGAUAUGAGAUUGUGGAAUGAACAAUGUGAUCUAUUGAUAAGUAAUGUCUUAUUCAUAUAUCAUAGAGGAUAGAUUGCCUAUGCUCAAAUUGUUGUUUAAGUUUACGUCCAAGUUGAAUUCAAAGUUAAAGUUUUACAAAUAAACAUGGGUUCAAUUCAAGGAUUUCAGAGAUUUACUGUUGAAAUGUGAUCUAUAUUGCGAUACAUUCGUGGAGAGAGAUGCAUAUAUUGCAUACUUAUUGUCCAUGCAAACCUAAAUUGAUGAGUUGUAUAGUUUAAGACAUUUCUAAAUGGAAUUUUAUGAAUUCAUGGAAGCCUUGUGUAGAUGUGCUGAAAAACUCUCAUUGAUCAGAACUAAGGAAAUAAUGAGCAUAGAUGAAAGAAGAUCAGAACCAUUGCAUAAAAAAAUAGAUGCUCUGUUUUUGAUAAUUUAUUUAAGAGCAGGUGAUGCAAUCAAAUAAUAACUAAAAGAAUCUGAAGACUUUUCAGAUUUCGAUAAAUGCAUGACAAAAAAACAAAAGAAUCUCAAAUAAUAAAUUGAAGAAAUGGGCAGUGAUGAUGAUGAUAAACCUUACAAUCCAUUAGUAGAAUUGAAAUAUUUAGAAGAUCAACUUAAAUAAACUUCAGUUCAACCUGUUCAAUCUGUACCCAAAUUAAAAAAGGCUCUGUCCUUAUUUACUGUCUUGAGGUAAAUGCAACAGCAAAAAUAACUUAAAUCAAAUUUCCUAUUGACUAAUGUUGUCUAAUACUUUAAAUAAAGAGAUGAAGAAUAUCUGUAAAACUAGAUUGAUUAAAAUUGA